AAAACAGGAAUACUAAAAAAUAGAGAAAAAGGAAAUGGCAAUCCUCAAUGUGCUCUCUACUUUCACAUACAAACUUUCUUGCCUGCCAUCUAUUCAUAGAUCUCAUGCAGAAUCUUCAUUUAGCAUGUGUUAUCACACCACAACUACUACAAGAAGAUCUGGCAAUUAUGAGCCUCCCACCUGGGAUUACUCUUACAUUCAAUCACUCAACACCACUCAUUAUACUGCUGAGGGCUUUGUUAUGCGACGCGACGAGUUGAAGGAGAGAGUGAAGGAUAUGCUGAAGAAUGAAGAGAUGAAAGAAGUGGAGAAAAUGGAGAUGAUUGAUGAACUGCAGAGGCUUGGUUGUUCUUACCAUUUUGAGGAAGAAAUCAUGGCAGCUUUGAUGGAUAUCUAUAUGAAGAAGAAGAAGAAGAGUAGUAACAAUUACAAGUCAUCAGAAGAGAAGGACUUGUAUGCCACAGCUCUUGAGUUUAGAGUGCUCAGACAAAAUGGCUUCAACAUCUCUCAAGAGGUAUUUGAUUGUUUCAUGGAUGGAAGACGGUCUAGAUUUAAUGUCAACCUUGGCCAAGAUAUUAAGGGAUUACUGAACUUAUAUGAAGCAUCUUUUCUGUCAAAAGAAGGUGAAACAACUUUGGAAAUGGCCAAAAAUUUCUCUGCCAAACAUCUCAAACGAGUAGCCUACGACCAAAAUCUCAAUGACCCAAACCUUUUGGCAUUAGUGCAACAUGCCUUAGAGGUUCCAUUGCAUUGGAGGGUGCCAAGGUUGGAGGCUACAUUUUUCAUCAAUUCAUACCAAGGAAAACCAACCUCAGAUCCCAUCCUUUUGGAGUUGGCUAAAUUAGACUUCAACAUUGUUCAAGCUUUACAUAUGGAGGACUUAAAAUUUGUGGCAAGGUGGUGGAAGAAAUCACUAAUACCAGAAAGAUUAACAUUUGUGAGGGAUAGAGUGGUAGAGAAUUUCUUCUGGACAGUCGGAUCGAGCUUCAACCCUAAGUAUGUAAACUGCAGAAGAAUAGGAGCAAAGCUCAAUUGCUUCAUUUGCACAAUUGAUGAUAUGUAUGAUGUUUUUGGUACCUUGGAUGAAUUGCAGCUCUUCACCGACGCCAUUGAAAGAUGGGAUGAUGUUACAGAAAUAAGACAUCUCCCAGAGUACAUGAGGUUUUGCUAUUUGGCACUCCACAACUUCGUUAAUGAAGUCGCAUUCGAUGUUUUUAAGGAACAUGGCAUCUCUAUUGCACAUUACCUCAAAAAAUCGUGGGCAGAUCUAUGCAAGGCAUAUUUACAAGAAGCAAAGUGGUACGACAGUGGAUACACUCCAACCUUUGAAGAAUACAUUGAAAAUUCAUGGAUUUCAAUAAGUUGUCCUCUAAUAUUAGUUCAUGGGUUUUUCUAUGUCAACAACCCAGUGGAGGAUUCUGCUGCCCUGCAUUGCUUGACAGAUUAUCAUCAAAUAAUUCGCCUGUCAUCUAUGAUCCUUCGUCUUGCAAAUGAUAAAGGCACCUCACCUUAUGAGAUGAAAAGAGGUGAUGUCCCAAAAGCAAUACAAUGCUACAUGGGUGAGGCUAAAGUUUCUGCCAACGACGCUCGUGAUUUCAUUGAUUUGGAGAUGAAUGAGAUAUGGAAGAAAAUGAAUAAAGUUCGAAUUGAAGGUGGUAGCCCUUUCUCCGGAACAUUCAUUGAAGCUGCGAUGAACAUUGCUAGAAUGGCUCAGUGCAUGUAUCAACAUGGAGAUGGGCAUGGCAUCAAUUCCAAGAAUUUUGAGACUCAGACUCAUAUCCAAACUCUACUCUUUGAACCUAUUCCCCUAAUUAAUAAUAUAAUAUAGCCAUGAAAAUGUGGUUUCUUGUUAAGAAAUUAGAUAUAAUUCUAAAAACAUAAUAAGUCUGGAUCAAGAUUAUAUCCUUAAUUUAUGUCCUUGUUUUUGUAUGCUAAUAAAUGUAUACAUUUUA